AUGGGCAAGAAGGACAAGUCCACCAAGGUCGCCGCCGCCGCACCCGUCGUCGACGCCAAGAAGGAAAAGAAGGACAAGAAGGCCGCCAAGGUCGUCGAGGAGCCCAAGACCAACGGCGUCGACAAGAAGGAGAAGAAGGACAAGAAGUCCAAGAAGCAGCCCACCCCUGAGCCCGAGUCCGACUCGGACGACGACUCUUCCUCCUCCGAGUCGUCUUCGUCCGAAUCCGAGUCGGACUCCGACUCUUCGUCCUCGUCUUCGUCCUCCUCCUCGUCCGACUCGGACUCGAGCGACGACGAGGAAGUUGCCGACGCCAAGAAGCCCGCUGCCGAGGAGCCCAAGACCAACGGCAAGGCUGCCGUCGAGGCCUCCUCCUCCGACUCGUCCGACUCGGACUCGGACUCUGACUCUUCGGACUCUUCGUCCUCCGACUCGUCCGACUCGGACUCGGACGACACCCCCGCCGCCGACUCCAAGAAGCGCAAGGCCGACGACGAGGCUCCCGUGACCAAGAAGGCCAAGACCGAGGAGACCGCCGCCGCCGCCCCCGCCGAGCUCCAGGAGGGCGAGACCAACCAGAUCUGGGUGGGUCAGCUCAGCUGGAACGUCGACAACGACUGGCUCAAGUCCGAGAUGGAGGCCUUCGGUGAGGUCACCAGCGCACGCGUCCAGCUCGACCGCACCACCGGCAAGAGCCGUGGCUUCGGCUACGUCGACUUUGCCACCGCCGCCGCCGCCAAGAAGGCCUUCGAGGAGGGUCAGGGCAAGGAGGUGGACGGCCGUGCCAUCCGCAUCGACCUCUCCACCCCCAAGGGCGACGUCACCGACAACCGCGCCAAGAAGUUCAACGACCAGCGCUCCGCCCCCUCCUCCACCCUCUUCAUCGGCAACCUCUCGUUCGACAUCUCGGAGGACGAUGUUUGGAACGCCUUCUCCGAGCACGGCGAGGUCUCGGGCGUGCGUCUGCCCAAGGACCCGGACUCGGGCCGUCCCAAGGGCUUCGGUUACGUCGAGUUUGCCGCGCAGGAGAGCGCACAGGCUGCCAUCGACGCCAUGACCGGCCAGGAGCUCGCCGGCCGUCCUCUGCGUCUCGACUUCUCCACACCGCGUGACCGCGACGGCGGUGCGCCGCGUGGUGGCGGACGUGGUGGCGGAUUCGGCGGCGGACGUGGCGGCGGACGCGGUGGUGGAUUCGGUGGCCGCGGUGGCGGAUUCGGCGGUGGACGCGGUGGCGGACGUGGUGGCCGUGGCGGUGGAGACGGCUCCUUCCGCGGCAUGCCCCGUGGUGGCGGAUGGGGUGCCCGCGGCGGCAGCGCACGCACUGGUGGCGCCGCCGACUUCUCGGGCAAGAAGAUGACCUUUGACGACUAA